AUGAAAGUAUUGUACAGGAACAACAUUGUUCAACGUAUGGGUGGGGAGUUCGGUUUCGACUUUCUUGUCGUCACCUACUGCGAAAACAUCCUUGAUGACGAGAGUCUUGAUCACUUUUAUGGCAAUUUUGAUUUGAAUACGCUCACAUGUUUACAGAAGGAACUCCUCCUCAUAACAUUUCUCGAGCCAUACCAAGAGACUGAACCAAGGAAAAAGAGGGUCUCGUUCCGAAACGACAUGAUGGGACUUGAUAGAAGUAUCUUUCCAAUUUUGGAAGAGCAUUUUGUUGCUGCUUUGGAUGAUUGCUUCGUCACAGGUCUUGACUAUGAACUCUGCAAAGCAUACUUUGCUGAGCUUCGGCCAGUGUUCAAGGAAUGCACUACGGUGUCGAAGUACCGAUCGAACAUUGUUGAACGCAUGGGAGGAGAGGCAACUUUUGACCUCCUUGUUGUCUCUUACUGUGAAAGGCUCAAGGGCGAUAUCAAAUUGCAUCGAUUCUUUGAAAGUUAUAACUUGCACAAUAUGACACACCUUCAAAAGGAUUUGAUACUCAUGGUGCUACUGCAGCCCAGUGCUGAAAACAAUGUCGAAUCCAUAGAACGGAGAGUGACAUCCAAGUACAGCCCGAUGUUUGCACUUGGUUUGAAUGAACAUCACUUUGAAAUGAUGGAAAGACACUUCUCCGCAGCACUCUUUGAAUGCCUAUCAAGACCAGUCGUCAUUCAAAUAUGUUUGAAACUUUUUUCAAAUCUAAUUUCGUUCUUCGAAGAGCACGCACUGUCAUCGGUAGAAUUCGAUGAUGACGAUGAUGACGACGAUGAUGCUGAUGAUGAGGUCGAAGAUGAUGAUGAUUACGAUGAGGUCGAAGAUGGAGAUGACAAGGAGGACGAAACACUCAUCGUGAGCACAAGAUCCUUGCAAAUCGGUUCAAAAGCAUCUCGAAUAUCUUACAAUGAAGGAGUGCAAAGCCACAUCGCCAAGAGAAUCUCCCAGGCUUUGGACGCUUCAGAUAGAACAGAACAAACAGAACAAAAUGAAUCUCUGGAAAGCAAGGGCGUAAGAUCAUCUGAAUUCGAGAGCGAGCGAAUAUCCUCUCGUGCUACUCCUGAGAAGAAUGCGAAGGGCAGGCAAAAUUUUGAAUUUAUCUCGCCUCUUGCUUCUGAAAACAAAACAAAGAGACGUACGACUAUUGGUUUUAGUACAUCGUCUCUUGUUACCCCAAAGAAGUUGAAUGGAAAACCGAAGAUGGCCUUUGGUUGGAGGUCACCAGCCUUCAAGAGGAUGAAGAGAUCUGCUAUGGCGCAAUAG